UGAUGAGUUAUUUACCCAGGCACCCAGGGUAGGGAGGAUCCUCCACGCCCCUUCACCCAUUGUCAGGGCCACCUCGGCUGUUUCCGUUCCCGUUCGGCUCCUUUCGCCUGGUCACCCUCUCCGCCCUGUGGGGAAAGUCGGAAAGCUUCGGAGCGUCGCUGAUCUUCCGGGACGCGAGUUCUGCGCCGCAACCGCAACUCACCUGGAGGAGCCCGACCACCAGUAGUCAGCGCGUCACUGGCGGGGUGCUGCGUCUUCCCGCUCGUGCUUCUGUCUGCUCAUCUAACUUGGCCGCCCGGCAGCCGCAGCAGCGUCAGGGACUGGUUGGUUGGUAGGAAGUCUCAGUAGCUCCCGUGCCCCGCUGGGAAUAUGGCCACCGGGGGCUACCGGGGAAGCGGCGCCAGCACCACCACCGACUUCCUGGAGGAGUGGAAAGCCAAGCGGGAGAAGAUGCGGGCGAAGCAGGCACCGCCGCCUGGGGGGCUGGGGUCAGCUGCAGGGGACUGCAAGCCCUCUGGGGCCGCCCCUACCCCUGCCGCUAACCCUACCCCUGAACUCAACAACAACGGGGAGCGGAGCGGGGGUAUGAAUUGUGUCCCUGUGGCUAGAGAUGCCCCGAAGGAGCCUCAGCCGCCCUCGCCGGUCGGAGCCAGAGGAGCAAGCGCAGAGCCUCCGGGCGGCAAAGGCGGAGCGGCCCCAGCCUCCCCCGAGGAGGAGAAAUCGGCAGCCAAGAGCAAGAGUUCCUCCGGCCCCAGCGCCCGCAAAGGGAAAGGGCAGAUUGAGAAGAGGAAGCUGAGGGAGAAGAGGCGCUCGACAGGUGUGGUGAAUAUCCCCGCCACCGAGAGUUUGGAUGAAUAUGAUGAUGAUGAAGCAGGACAAAAGGAGCGUAAAAGGGAAGAUGUAAUCACACAACAGAAUACACUGCAGAAUGAAUCGGCCAGUGCAGACCCAAGUGCCUCAUACAUAUUACAGGAUACCUCUAGGACUAUUUCAAACAGAUAUAAAAGCACAACGAACACGUCAGAUGAUGAUGUUUCUAGUAGAUACUCUCGACCGGCAGGCAGGACAGGAUAUAACAGAUAUAACAGAGAUUCAAAUUCUUCUGGCAACAUCAUACCAAACAAUUCUUUGGAAAAGAAAAUUGAAGAUCUUGAAAAGGAACUAGCAAAAGAGAGACAAGAAAACCUGAGGCUCGUGAGGAUAGCACAAGACAAAGAGGAAUUGAUUGGGAAACUGAAGGAGGAAAUUGAUUUAUUAAUCAGGGACCUAGACGAUAUAGAAGAUGAAAACGAGCAAUUAAAGCAGGAAAACAAGACACUCUUAAAAGUUGUUGGACAGCUGACGAGGUAGAGGAUGGCAGCCUCAGUGAGGAAUGAAAUAUGAAAACUACUGAUUGAAUGUUAAAGAUCAAGGCUAGAAUAUUUCCAGUGUUGCAAUAUGUCAAAACAACGGUCUUUGUAUUUAUUAAUGGGGAAGAAAGGAUAAAUGUUUUCAAAUGUUCUUUCUUCCUUCAGUGAAAUAGGAUCAAGUUUUGUGAAUACUUUUGAACUCAUUAUGUUGUCUUUUCCAAUAUAAAAUAACCCAAAUAUCGAGCCCUUUCUCAUGAUCCCGUGAGCAGGCUAGCUGGCGGGCAGCAGGGAAGGCUGCAAAAGCCCACCUUCCCUGCAGAUGAUCCCCAGGACUGUCUGGGCACAUGGACCGCACGCCUAGAUGGUCUGCUCCUGCCCCAGGCUGCACGGAGGCAUGGGGGCCGGGAUGCAUGAUCCCAGCCCCCAGAUAUCCCACAAGGCAGUGCAUUGUGGGGAUCCCCCUGGUGAUGGCUAGGAGCCCGCUCCUGGGUCACCACUGGCUGAGGGCAGCUGGCACUGACACAUGAUUAGUUAGCCUGGGUGAAGGGUGUGCUGCUCACACCCUUAACCUCAGCUAAGUGCCGGGCUCCCUAGGCGGCUUUGCCACCAAGGCGCUGUCAGGAGCGGCAGGGGUCCCAGGAGUUCUCACAGGCAGGCAAGCCCCAGCUUAGCUGCCCUAGCCCGGUUUUGGCUGCUCAUGAGAACAGCCUCACCGUCUUCUCUCAGAACAUCACAUUCUUAGAGCUGUAGUUGUUCAUUGUGUCUUUCCAUUAUAUGCAUAUGGACCACUUACCAUUUGUUUAAAAACAUCUGAGCACCAAAAUCACAUUUUGGUCUAGAUGGUUGUUACUUCCGCGUUUGUGCCCCCCACCCCAUGAAAAGAAGUAAUAGGAGUAAACUUCGU